AUGAUCAUUGAGCCCACAAGCCCCAAGCUGCUUCCUGACCCCCUGAGGGAGCCCUACUACCAGCCCCCCUACACCCUGGUCCUGGAGCUCACAGACGUCCUGCUGCACCCCGAGUGGUCGGUACGUACCACCCCCUUCCUCCCCAACACACCUCAACUCCCUCUUACACCACCUCACCCAGGCCUCCUGGCACCAGGGGCUGGCCGGGUGAACUGGAUGCCUUCUCUCAGUAUAGCCUUGAACACAACAAGAUAAAACAUGUAUUGUUCCUCUGUGGGUGGCCAUCUGGCCUGUGGGUCGCUGGGGGCCCGCCACCUAUCUACCGCCACUAUCUGUAAAGACCCCCCCCCCCCCCUCCCUUCCUUAACCUGUGUCUUCCACCUGGCCCCCUCAGAGCCCCGUCUCAACCCCUACUCUAAUACCACCCUCCACCUGCCCCUCUACCUGAGACCUUCCACCUGCGCCUCUACCUGAGACCCUACCUACUCUCCCUUACCUGUGGUCUCCAUGCCCCCUCCCCCGUAUGACUCCCCCUACGAGUUGCACGUGCAGUAGACAGGUGGGGCGCGGCCGUAACCCGACACCUGCCCUCAGCAGACAGGCGCCUGGCGGCCCUUCGCACAGAGACUUUGAUUUCUGAAGAUAAGACUGCAAGUGGCUUAGGCCGGCCUUUUUGUGUUAACAACAUAGGCUGGGCCUAAACUCAGGAGGUCACCCAAAGGCUUCAUCUGCCAUAAGCUGCUCCGUUUAGGCUGUCGAAAAAGCAAAAUGUGUACCUGUAAAUAUACCACUUUAUAACAUGACGACAAACUAAUCAAUCAUUCACUUGUUUGGAUUUAUGUCGAUUGGAUAAUGGCUGUCAAAAGAAAAAUCGUACUCUAAAUAUAACACUCUAUAACAUGAUAAACUGAUGAUUUAACCUCAAGGAUCGGACCCUUUUUUCAAUUUUUGCCUAAAAUUACAUACCCAAGUCUAACUGCCCGUAGCUCUUGACAUGAAACAAGGAUAUGCAUAUUAUUGAUACCAUUUGAAAGGAAACACUUUGAAGUUUGUGGAAAUGUGAAAUUAAUAUAGGAGAAUAUAACACAUUCGGUCUUUGAAAUGCAAGAGAAAGGUCACAACUUAAUAUUGCAGUUUUGGCACAAUUUAGAUUUUGGCCACUAGAUGGCAGCAGUGUGUGUGCAAAGUUUCAGAUUGAUCCAGUGAAGCAUUGCAGUACUGGACUAUUUGGUAUCAAGUCUGCCCAAAUGUGCCGAAUUGGUCAAUUGAUACAUUUUCAAGUAUGUAACUAUAGAGAACAUACAAAAAUGAUAUGGUAAUACAAAAUGUAAGUUUACACACUCCCAGGAAUGUCAUACAUGAUGGGUCAUUAGCUUAUACACUAACUUUCACACAUCUAGAUGGCCGGGCGGGGUGGGUGUGGAGCCAGAGACAGCAGGGGUUCAAACUGUAGAACCCAGUUCCUACAUUUGAAUAUACAAAUGGAUUUGAUCAAACAAAACUAUGCUACAUUUUAUCUCUGGGACCCUUAGGAUGACAAAUCAGAGCAAGAUUACUGAAUGUAAGUACAUUAUUUACCUUCAGAGGUGAAUGUAUCAAACCAGUUGCCGUGAUAAGUUUUUGUUGUUGUUGUGCACUCUCCUCAAACAAUAGCAUGGUAUUUUAUCACUGUAAUAGCUACUGUAAAUUGGACAGUGCAGUUAGAUUAACAAGUAUGUAAGCUUUCUGCCCAUAUAAGACAUGUCUAUGUCCUGGAAAGUUUGCUGUUACUUACAACUGUCAUGCUAAUCACAUUAGCGCAUGUUAGCUCAACCGUCCUGUAUACGGGACACUGAUCCCGUAGAGGUUAAAUAGAUUAUUCACUGACUAUUUGUGUGGAUAGCUUUCAGUGAGUGUUCUAGCCAUAAUGAAUGUAUCCCAUUGCAGUUGUGAGUAGUUAGUAUCUCUUUAAACUGGUUUGUUCUCCUAUACUCCCCACAGCUGGCUACAGGCUGGCGCUUCAAGAAGAGGCCAGGCAUCGACUACCUGUUCCAGCAGCUAGCCCCUCUCUAUGAGAUAGUCAUCUUCACCGCAGAAACAGGCAUGGUGAGUGACAUCACUCAACAACAUGAGGGUUUGAACGCUGUUCUGGCAUGGGCCAAUGAGGACUUACAAGACCUUGUCACACCAUUUAUUGUACCGUGAUUGUUUCAAGUACAACUUUGCAGUCCUAUGUUGACAAAUACUCUUCUUUGAGCCAGAAUUUCCCUUAAAUCCCCCACCCAACCUUUUGUCCCUUUUGAAUUUGUCUCGUGCCAAUCAACACUGCAAUUCUAUAGGUGUUGCAAUGGACAACACAUUAACUGCUAUAAUAUGUCACAUUUUAGUGAAGAAGCAUUUUGGAUUGGUUAAGGUGUAUACCUGUCUGCUUCACUUACCUAACAGACACCUGUCACAGCCUCCCUCCGCCACAACCAAUCAGGGCCGCUCUUACCGCUGGGUGUAGCUUAGCUGGUUUGUUUCUGUAGACCUUUGUCCUGUAGACCUUUGUUCUAAUGGUCACCCCAAAACAAAUCCAUUACUUUUGAAUGUAUUAUGUUACUCCAAACUAACACUGUUAACGAUUCUUGAUCUCAAACAACAUCCAUAGUGUUGUUGCAUUUGACUGUUUUGUUGUUUUGGCACCAAUAUGCCUCACCCCUAUUGUUUGUCCUAAUUACCUACGUCUUGGCCAACAGGCAGGCUCAGAACGGGUUGCCUUUUGGGCUGCAAAGACUCCUUUAUUUUAGGCAACAUUUAUAUGCAAAUGAGCCAUGCUCCGCUCAGGGUCUAAUUGGCCCCUUGUUUAGGGACUGUUUGUUUUCUCUCGGUGAAGGUCAGCCUCAGUGUUGUGGUGACCUGCAACAGUGGCUGUGCCAAGUCAAACUGAAGCAUGUCUGUAACUCCGCUAGCUGCAGAUUUUCAUACGGAGAAUGGAUCAUUAAUCAAUGUUAAUUAAGGUUUCCUGUGCUUCAUAUUGGCACGUGUAUUCUCCACCUGCCCACUGCAGUCGUGCUGACUAAACCAUGUAGUUCUAUGAGAAGCUGUUACUUUAGAUUUUCUAAUGCGAAGAGAUUAAGUGUGAUUUUAUGAGGAGUAUUCAGGAAAUUAGACCCUGACGACACAAUCAUCGGUCUGUCCAAAUCAUCAGGCCAAAUCUAGCCAUGUAACUUUUGGCCAUCAUGCAUAUGCAAAAGCAUCUAGCAUGUCAAUGCUGUGUGAGGUUGUGAUGUAAUGCGUGUUCUCUCUCCCAGACGGCGUACCCUCUGAUUGACAGCAUUGACCCCCAGGGCUUUGUCAUGUACCGCCUCUUCAGGGACGCCACGCGUUACAUGGAGGGACAUCAUGUCAAGGUAAACAAAUCAUCAGGCUGACCUUCACCACGGGAACCGUGUGUGUGUGUGUGUACACUGAUGUUUUAUGUACACUGCAUAAGCCUCCAAUAACACAGCAUUCCGUGAAUUUAAUGUCUUCCAUGUUUCUGAAUUUAAAGCCAUCAAAGUGUUCAGACAAAUGCCCUGUUUGUUGACUGUUGGAUUUGGUUUGCUUUAGUUUGGAUAGACCCGUGUAUGCUCCUUCACUUUCUCUCACUCUCUCUCGCUCUUUCACUUUCUCUCUCUGUCUCUCUCCGUUUGUCUGUUAUUUUCUAAGACAUGAGUUUAAGACUCUGAGACGUUGCUGUACUCCUUUUCAACCCCACUCCUCCUGGGCCAAGCCCCCAGCCCAGAACCCCCGGUGCGCCCCUCUCGACUGUGACCCGGUCGGCACAAUGGUGCCAUACCCCCCGUGUCUCCGUUCCAUAGCCGCCUUCUGCUCCAGCAUUGAUUUUCCUAUGCUCCGACUCCAUCCCUCUUUCUUUCUCUCCUCCUCGGCCCCUGACAAUAGGGGUUUCUUCCCCUCCCUCCGCCUCCCCUUUCUGGGCCUCAUUAACCUUAUGCCUCCCUCUCCCCCACUCUCCAACAGCCUGAGUCAGUCUCCAUGCAUGGCUGAAGUACAGUAGUAUUAACAACUUUGUUCAACUAACUUAUCAUCUGGCAUCUAUUACAUGGCUGUGUGUUACUAGCUGAAUCAGAGCUGACUGUAACUAACAUGCCUAGCCUACAUCACCAUGUUUCAAUGGAGUGCUUUUGUAAUGCAUGAGAAAACUAGGUUGGCCUGGUAGUGAAUGUGUGGUUAUGGUCCCUACAUGGCCUAGUUGUUGUGAUGUGUAUGGCUGAAGUGGUGGGUAGGUGUAUAGGUAUAACUUUUCUAUGUGAAGAUGCAUGGCCAGUUCUUUCCAUGUUAAUCACUCACUACUAAAAAUUGGGAAACAUGAAGAAUUGAUGAGGGUAACCUGCCCCCCCCUGCUAUACAGAACUUUAAUGUAUUUAUUUGGUAAUUAGUCGUCCUGACUCUAACGUUACAUACAGGAUCUUCUCCUCUCCUUUUGUGUACUCACCUGGAUUCACGUGUCUCCUGUUCCCCUCCCCUUCCUUUGGUGACCUUCUGCCCAUCUCUGUCUCUCUCUUCACCCCCUCUCUCCUCCUCCCCCUUCCUCUCCCCUCCCUCGUCUUCCAUCUGGCCCUCUGAAGAGCAACAGGGAGGCAGAAAGUGAGGGAGUAAGAGAAAGGGAGGUCUGAAUAGAGAUCUGUCCCCCGAGGCCUCAGGCGUCUGUCCAAUGGUGAAUUUCGAUGGUGUUUUUCCCCCAAAAAGUUUUCAAACAAUGUGGAGCCACAGAUGCGAUGUGCCAACACAAUCAGCAAGCCUAUCUGACGACUCACAUUAUCUGCCGUUCUGUCUAAUUAACUGUGAUAGAACCAGGCUGUGGUAGAAUCAGCCAUUGAUGUUGAUGACAAGUCCAACUUUGAGGGAACCCCCUGAAGACAGAGGGCAGUUAGUGGAGGGCAUGACCUUCUGUCACAGGUGGACCGACUGGAUUGAGUUGAACAAGACUGUUGAGUGCUCGACUGCCCCACCAAAUGUGCAUUUCAGAGAUCAGUUUUCUUUUUGUUUCUUUUCAUUUCAAAUUGUUGUUUCAUUCUCCAUGGGAGAGUCAGAUUUAAGUUGUCAUACUAGUGCACAGUGUGUUUAUCUGCUCACUUAACUUGUGGGUAGGCAUGUGUAACCCUAUGAAGGUGUGUGUGUGGGUUGGUCACAUGCCUACUCUGGCUUACAGCCUGUUGCUUUGUUAGGGGAUCACAGAGCACGGCUGGCUGUGAAACCGGAGCCUUUAGAAAAUAUUCAUACCCCUUGACUUACUUUUACAUUUUAGUCAUUUAGCAGACGCUCUUAUCCAGAGCGACUUACAGUUAGUGAGUGCAUAUAUUAUUCUUUUUUUCAUACUGGCCCCCCGUGGGAAUCAAACCCACAACCCUGGCGUUGCAAACGCCAUGCUCUACCAACUGAGCUACAUCCCUGCCGGCCAUUCCCUCCCCUACCCUGGACGACGCUGGGCCAAUUGUGCGCCGCCCCAUUGGUCUCCCGGUCGCGGCCGGCUACGACAGAGCCUGGAUUCGAACCAGGAUCUCUAGUGGCACAGCUAGCACUGCGAUGCAGUGCCUUAGACCACUGCGCCACUCGGCAUACCAAAUGUUGUUUUACAGCCUGAAUUCAAAAUGGAUUAAAUUAAAUUAAAUUUGCACUCAUUUACACACAAUACCCCCAUAAUGACAAAGUGAAAACAUGUUUUUGGAGUUUUUUGCAAAUAUAUUGAAAAUGGAAUACAGAUAUCUCAUUUACAUAAGUAUUCAGUAACACUUUACUUGACACCUAGCAUCAUAGCACUUCAUAACUGCUGACAUAACUUGUCAUAAUUUUGUCAAAACACUGUCAUGAUCCAUAAAUUUACACCUGUUGAGAUAUAUUGCGUUAUGUAAUGGCUGGUCAAGACACCUACAUGUGUCAAAUCCCACGUUUAUUCAAAUUUGUUUUUUCCCUGCCAAGAAGUUUCCAUUCAUUUUGAAAGUGUGUUUCUUGAAUCCUUUGUAAUUAAUGCUUUAGUCAUGUUUUUUUUUUUCUUCAUAUUUUAAGGAACUUGUUGUAAAUACAUUGUGACACUGUCAAGAAGCAUUAAGGCAGUCUUGUGUCACUGAACUUGGACUAAUAAAAUAGACUUUGACACUGGCAAGAAGCAUUAUGACCAUCAGAAUCAUGUAAGCCAGAAAGUCCUAUGAGGUACAUGUCUUAUGUCAGUCAUCAGUCAAAAAGAGGGUGUCUUGUCCUGCUCCUGAAAUCUGCUCCUGCAUUCAUCCCAGUCAUCCGCAAAAUGUGUGUGCAAUUACAAUGAUAAUUUAAGAUGGUCAAUUUCAGAAAUGUUAUUUUCUCAAGCUCUGUUUGAUGUUCACUGCCGCUCCCCAUCUAACUUCCAAGUCUUUCCACAGAUUUUCGAUGGGAUUCUGUCUGGACUUUGGCUGGACCACUCAAGGAAUUUCACAUUCUUGUUCUGAAGCCAUUCCAGCAUUUCUUUGGCUGUAUGCUUGGGGUCAUUGUCCUGUUGGAACAUAACUCUUCGCCCCCAGUCUAAGGUCGUUUGGGUUCUCAUCAAGGAUUUGUCUGUUUGUCUCUAUUCAUCGUUCUCUCUAUCCUUACCAGUCUCCCAGUACCUGCCACUGAAAAGCACCACCAUGCUUCACGGUAGGGAUGAUGAUAGGUGGGUGAUGAGCUGUGCCUGGUUUUCUCCAUUCAGGCCAUUUUUGUCUCAUCAGACCACAAUCUUUUGCCUUAUGAUCUGUCUUUCACGUUCCUUUUUGCAAACUCCAGGUGUGUUGUUGUGCCAUUUUCUCAGGAGUGGCUUCUGUCUGGUCACUCUCCCAGAUUGGUGAAGUGCUGUAGAGACAUGUCCAUCUGGCAAUUUCUCCCAUCUUAGCCAAUGAACUCUGUAGUUCUGUCAUUGGGUUCUUGGUCACCUCUCUGACCAAGGUCCUUCUUGCCUGGUUGCUCAGUUUCGUCGGACGGCCAGCUCUAGACAGAGUCUGCGUAGUUCCAUAUUUUUAAGUUUCCCAAUGAUGGAGAACACUGUUCUCUUGGGUACUUUCAACACUCUAGAAGUUGUUUUAUACCCUUCCACAGAUAUAUGCCUCAUCACAAUUCUAUCUCUGAGAUCUACGGACAGUUCCUUGGACUUCAUGGUAUAGUUUCUGCUCUGACAUGCACUGUCAACUGUGAGAUCUUAUAUAGACAGGUGUGUUUCAUUCUAAAUGUCCAAACAAUUGAAUUGGCCUCAGGUGGAUUCCAAUCAAGUUUUAGCGACAUCUCAAGGAUGAUCAAAGGAAAGUGGAUGCACCUGAGCUCAAUUUAGAGUGUCAUAGCAAAGGGGUGUGAAUACUUAUGUAAAUUAUGUUUCUGUAUUUCAUUUUCAAUACAUUAGCAAAAAUGUCUAAACAUGUUUUCACUUUGUGAUUAUGGGGUAUUUUGUGUGGAUGGGUGAGGGGGGGGGGGAAAGCAAUUUUGAAUUUAGGCUGUAACACAACAAAAUGUGGGAUAAGUCAAGGGGUAUGAAUACUUUCUGAAGCACUGUAUGCAUCACACGGCCCAACAGCCCAACUCUCAACUACACGUGCCCAACACACAUACUAUAUUUAUCUGACUGAAAUAGUAAAUUAUCGGAAAGGCUGACCAACUCUGUAAGCACAGACAUCAAUACAUCACUCAAACUUGUUCCUGCACCUCACACUAGGCUAAUGUAGAAACGCACACGUCCACACUCCCACGUUCUCUUGGGGAUUGGGCCCCGUCUCAGAAGGAAGGCAGAUGCUGAUUAUUUAUUGGGAGAGAGGAGUGUGCCGGUUCUUUCCUAUUCAUCUACCUACACACACACUGCGGGCCAGGCUAGUCAGCAGCACCUCAGGGGGAUCCAGAUUACCUCGUGAUGGGGAGAACUCAGCGUCCCUCUACAUCUGCUCACCACUGAGACUCAAUGCGCAGGGCAGGGCAGGCCAGGGAAAAGUGUGUGUUUUCCCCUCUACAAAUGUGUGUACAGUGCAUUCGGAAAGUAUUGAGACACCUUGACUUUUUCCACAUUGUUACGUUACAGCCUUAUUCUAAAAUGGAUUAAAUUGUUUAUUUCCCUCAUCAGACUACACACAAUACCCCAUAAUGACAAAGCAAAAACAGGUUGAUAGAAAUUUUAGCAAAGGUAUAAAAAUAAAAAAACUAUGACAUUUACAUAAGUAUUCAGACCCUUUACUUUGUUGAAGCAUCUUUGGCAGCGAUUACAGCCUCAAGUCUUCUUGGGUAUGACGCUACAAGCUUGGCACACCUGUAUUUGGGGAGUUUCUCCCAUUCUUCUCUGCAGAUCCUCUCAAGCUCUGUCAGGUUGGAUGGGGAGUGUCGCUGCACAGCUAUCUUCAGGUCUCUCCAGAGAUGUUCGAUCGAGUUCAAGUCCGGGCUUUGGUUGGGCCAUUCAAGGACAUUCAGAGACUUGUCCCGAAGCCAGUCCUGCAUUGUCUUGGCUGUGUGCUUAGGGUCGUUGUCCUGUUGGAAGGUGGUCCUGAGCGCUCUGGAGCAGGUUUUCAUCAAGGAUCUCUCUGUACCAUUCAUCUUUCCCUCGAUCCUAACUAGUCUGCCAGUCCCUGCCGCUGAAAAAGAUCCCCACAGCAUGAUGCUGCCACCACCAGGCUUCACCGUAGGGAUGGUGCCAGGUUUCCUCCAGACGUGACGCUUGGCAUUCAGGCCAAAGAGUUGAAUCUUGGUUUCAUCAGACCAGAGAAUCUUGUUUCUCGUGGUCUGAGAGUCCUUUAGGUGCCUUUUGGCAAACUCCAAGCGGGCUGUCAUAUACCUUUUACUGAGGAGUGGUUUCCGUCUGGCCACUCUACCAUAAAGGCCUGAUUGGUGGAGUGCUGCAAAGAUGGUUGUCCUGCUGGAAGGUUCUCCCAUCUCCACAGAGGGACUCUUGAGCUCGGUCAGAGUGACCAUCGGGUUCUUUGUCCCUUACCAAGCCUCUUCUCCCUCGAUUGCUUAGUUUGGUCGGGUGGCCAGCUCUCUUGGUGGUUCCAAUCUUCUUCCAUUUAAGAAUGAUGGAGGCCGCUGUGUUCUUGGACCUUCAAUGCUGCAGAGAUUUUUUGGUACACUUCCCCAGAUCUGUGCCUCGACACAAUCCUGUCUCGGAGCGCUACGGACAAUUAUUUUGACCUCAUGGCUUUGGUUUUUGCUCUGACAUGCACUGUCAACUGUGGCGCCUUUUUAUAUAGACCGGUGUGUGUGCCUUUCCAAAUAAUGUCCAAUCAAUUGAAUUUACCACAGGUGGACUCCAAUCAAGUUGUAGAAACAUCUCAAGGAUGAUCAAUGGAAAAAGGAUGCACCUGAGCCAAUUUCAAGUCUCAUAGCAAAGGGUCUGAAUACUUAUGUAAAUAGGGUAUUUCCAAUUGUCACAAUUACCAUUAAACAAUGAACGGGAUAGAUUUCAUUUUUAAUCAAACUUUCUUUAGAUAAAUUCCUCUUCCGAGUGUCUUGUAACUCAACUCUCUCUCUUCCACCCCCCUGUAGGACGUGUCGUGUCUGAACCGGGACACCUCCAAGGUGAUACUGGUGGACUGUAAGAGGGAAGCCUUCAGCCUGCAGCCUUUCAACGGCAUGGCUCUGACGAAGUGGGACGGCAACUCAGAAGACCGAACACUCUACGACCUAGCUCAUUUCCUCAAGAGUAAGUGUGUGUGUGCGCAAUGGCGUGUAUGGUCAGUGUGUGUCGACCAACCUGUUCCUUCCCAGACACGCUAUUCACUCGUGUUUCUCUCCGGCAGCCAUUGCUCUCAGUGGAGUGGAUGACGUGCGUUCUGUCCUGGAGAACUACGCACUGGAAGACGACCCCAUAGAGGCCUUCAAACGCAGACAAGCGCAGCUAGCACAGGUACAGUCCAAACAAACCCAAUGUUUAGGAGCAAUGGAUGACAACUAACAAAUACACUAACAUUACCAACAUUACUAACAUAAGAGAAGUGUCCUCAUCCUCAAGAAACAUUACAUUUUCUGUAGGAAAAACCUUUUCACUGUUGGUUGAUUGAUGCUUUUUCUCCAACUGUUUUGCGAGAACUUUAGAGCAAUAGUCCAUUAGAUACUGAUGUAACUGUAGAUACUGAUGUGUGUGUGUGUGUGUGUGGGGACAGGAGGAGGAGCAGAGGUUGGCAGAGCUGGCCCAGCAGAAGAAGCAGGGCAUCUCUUUGGGCUCCAUCGCCGGAAGGUUCUGGCGUUCCAAACAGUGA